AAUGCAAGCGGUAGCAGAUGUGGAGUGAAGAACGGUGAUUCACAAACGCCACAAAUUCUAGAGCUUUGCAACAAUGGCAUUGACCCUGUAGUUACGUGGCUUUGCUGCUAGCCACUCUGCAAGCGUCUCAAUGGAGAACGUUCUGGGUCUUAUCAAGCUUCGUGUGAAAAGAGGCACAAAUCUCGUAGCUCGCGAUUCACGUACCAGUGACCCAUAUGUUGUUGUUACCAUGGCUGAACAGAAAUUGAAGACUGGUGUUGUGAAAGAUAGCUGCAAUCCUGAGUGGAAUGAAGAAUUGACACUUUAUGUAAGGGAUGUUAACAUUCCUGUACUUCUGACAGUUUCAGACAAAGACACUUUCACCGUGGAUGACAACAUGGGCGAUGCAGAUAUAGACUUAAAACCAUAUCUUCAUUGUGUUAAGAUGGACCUGAACGGUCUCCCAGAUGGGCAUGUAGUCAGGAUGGUUCAACCAAAUAGGACUAAUUGUCUUGCAGAGGAGAGCAACUGCAUAUGGAAAAAUGGAAGAGUCAUUCAAGAGAUGAGUUUAAGAUUGAGAAAUGUUGAGUCUGGGGAAAUAACCCUGGAAAUUGAGUGGGUUAAUAUUCCUGAUUCCAAGGGCUUAUCAGAAAUUGAGUUUUAGGCAUGCUUACCUGCCUUAAUUUUAUGCAGUAGCAUAAAUAAGUACUACUUGUAUUGUCAUAAGUUGAUGUUAGUUUGUAACUUAUGGAGUCAAAACUAGAAUCUAGUGAGUUGCAGACAUAUCUAAUCGAAUCAUUUGUUUUUAUAAU